AUGCCGCCUAUCCUGCACCCCCGAUCCCGCUCGACGAGCUCCUUAUUCGCUGCGACCAUGCUGGCUUCCGUGGUCAUUGUUGGUCUUCCACAUAUCUUUCCUUGUCCAGCCCCUCGCCGAACGUUAGCCGACUCAAACAUGGUCAUGACUGCGGACGGUCAACAGAUAGAGAGACCAAGAAGGCGGAGGAGGAAACCCGUGCCGGAGGGCGACGCACUCCCAAACACAGACGCUAUCCAGAAGAGUACACCACCACGAUCGACAGAUGAGGAAGUGUCAACAUUCCUGCAAAUGGAAGCAGAGGCCGAAUCAAUGGCAAAAAUUGGACGCGAAUGUCCAGUCCCAAAACCCCCAGGAAUCAUUGGCGAGCUUCUGGGGUUUUCGAAUAAGAACACAACAGACCAAUCAACCCCCGCUUUUCCGGAUCACAACGAGAUGGGUGCCUAUUCAUUUGUACUUGAUAUCCUGAGCAAUCCGAAGCAUUCAUUAUGGAUUGCGCCUCUGCUAGUUGCGGCAGAUGCUGUUCUCUGCGGCCUGGUCAUCCAGAAAAUACCCUACACGGAAAUCGACUGGACAACGUAUAUGCAACAAGUCGCCUUGUAUCAAUCUGGCGAACGUGAUUACACCGCGAUCAAAGGCGACACCGGACCGCUCGUCUAUCCCGCCGCGCACGUUUACGUAUACUCAUUCCUGUCUGACCUGACAGACGGAGGGCGCGACAUUGCCUUUGGACAACUUAUCUUCGCCGGUAUCUACCUUGCAACGUUAAUUAUAGUCGUAGCUUGCUACAUCCGCGUCGGGGCACCGCCGUACCUUCUACCGCUUCUUGUUCUGUCCAAGCGGCUGCACAGUAUCUAUGUCUUGAGGUUAUUCAACGAUGGCAUUGCAGCAAUGGCUAUGUGGUUGUCGAUUUUUCUUUUCCAAAGACGCCAAUUCAGCGCGGCCGUUACGAUUUGGUCGCUGGGAGUGGGCGUCAAGAUGUCUUUAUUGCUACUCGCUCCAGCGAUUGCAGUGAUAAUAGCUCUAUCUGGAGGGAUUGGUCUCGCCAUACCACUUGCAAUCAAUGCGAUAUCCGUACAGGGUCUUCUUGGACUACCCUUCCUUCGGGAAAAUGCGAUUGGUUAUCUGUCCCGAGCGUUCGAGCUUACAAGGGAAUUUCUUUUCAAGUGGACUGUUAACUGGAGAUUCAUCGGUGAAGAAACUUUUGUGUCAAAAGCCUUUGCCGUGAAUCUCCUAGCUGUGCAUGUCUUUUUAGUUCUCGCGUUUAUGGCUGGGCGAUGGAUUAACCCGUCUCGCUGUGAACUAGACUCAUUUGCGACCAAGUUCCUCCAAAAUCGUCUGCCCAAAUCCGUACUGUCGGCUGGGUUCAUCACAAAGACAUUGCUCACAUCGCUAGUGAUCGGCAUGCUCUGCGCCAGGUCACUCCAUUACCAGUUCUUUGCGUAUCUCGCUUGGGCCACACCUCUCUUGCUUUGGCAGUCGGGACUGAGCCCGGUAAUGAUAUAUGUCGUAUGGGCCGUUCAGGAAGUGGCAUGGAAUGUUUACCCCAGUACCGCAGCCAGUUCUGCUGCUGUUGUGCUCUGUUUAGGAACUCAGGUUGUAGUACCUUUGCUGGAUACUCGGUGGAAUAACUAA